AUGGAUCUCCGUCAUCUGUUAGAAUGGAGGAGCGGAAGGAAGACUCCAAAAAUAGAAAACACCCAAGAAAUCGUAGCGGAAAACAAGGACCCUUGGGAGAAAUGGUUCGCGGAGCUCAACGACAAAUUCCUGGCUCUGAAAAAGAAGCAACAGCUGACGUCAGUUCCCGCCGCUAUUCAGGCAAUGAUGGAAAAGACCGAGCAUCCCUUCACCUCAGAAAUCAUGGACGAGGUGAUGCCUCAGAGUUUCCAAAUAUCUCCUAUCAUCCAAUACUCUGGGUCCGGAGACCCAUCCGAGCACGUGGAAGCCUAUCGCUCAUGGAUGCAAAUCCAGAUGGCGACGGAUGCCAUGAUGUGCCGAGGGUUCUCGAUCACGCUCACGGGCUCUGCUCGGAAUUGGUACCUACAGCUCAAGUCAAAUUCCAUUAAUUCCUUAACAGAGUUGAGUUGGCUAUUCCUUACCCAAUUUAUAAGUGGUAAGAGAAGUCGAAAGCCCAACACUCACCUAUUUGCUAUCAAGCAAGAGCCGAAGGAGUCCUUAAAAGAUUACAUCACUCACUUCAAUGAGGAAGCACUGUCAAUAGAAGAUUACGACGAUAAGAUACCGCUCGCAGCCGUGUUCAGCGGCCUAAAAGAAGGAAAAUUCACCUUCUUCAUUGGAAAGAACCCACCAAAGACGUUUGCAGAACUCAUGGCUAGAGCUCAGAAAUACACUAACGCUGAAGAAUUCUCCAAUGCCCGCAAAAAUGUCCAAGUGGCAGAGCCGAACGGUAAAGGGAAGAGGCCUAGGAAUGAGGGAUCCCAGCCAUCCAACAUGGGCCUGAUGACCGCACCCCUCGCGAUCAUCACUCGAGCAGAAGGCUGGAGGGAAAGUUUCGCUCCUACACCCCCCUUAACACAUCCACCAAGCAGAUUCUAUUGGACAUCCGAUGAGAAAAGCUGCUGA